AUGCAUGAGGCUGAACAACGUGUCAGGACACCACCUUCACCUCACAGAGGACCAGACUUAACGUUAUCUUCGAAAACCCCUAGGGAUACAAUGGAAACGAUCCCUCAGACUCACAAGGAGCAUGAUAAGGGGCAACCAACCUCUACCGUUCAUGUCUCUGGGCAGAUACCAGGAUUCACGUAUCAAUAUCCCGAAGAACUCGGAUCGGGAGAGGUCAAAGAAAGCGGAAAUGCAACUGUAUCAACCCCCAUCAUGACAGUCAAUGUAGUUCCACUGACUCCUCCUUCCACUGCUGCAUUGUACUCGCCUCAAGUACCUUCAACCGCUCCCCAAUCACCCACAUCCAAUAUCCUUUCAACUCAUAACGAAGAAUUGAUAUCUCAGGUCGUUCGACUUCAGGAAGAACUCAAAAUCGUCAGAUAUCAGAGGCACGAAGAAGGGAGUAGCAAAGAACAGCAAAUUCAGCAGAACAAUACUCAGAUUGCUCAGAUGAAUGAGCAGAUCAAAAUAGCUUACGCCAUCAUCACAAAGAAUAAAGAAACCGAGCGUCAACACCAAUGGAAUAUGAGUCAAGCUAAAUUGGAUUUGUAUCAAGCCAGAGAAAAGUUGAUGAAGGAGAAAGAACGUAAUCGAGGUGGGAUGAAAUAUCUUGAACAGAUGAGUGUAUUAAAGAAGGAAAGGAACGAAUUGAAAGAUCAACUAGAAAAACAUAGAAAUGAUCAACAAACAGAACCACUCUCGUCUGUAGUCGAGACUUUGAUGAAAGACAUAGGAAAAUUGGAAGAAAGGCUGGAACAAUACAAGAACAUUGAAAGCGAACGUGACGACAUCAAAAAAGAGAAUACACGGCUGAACGUUCUUCUGGUCAAUCUACAAGAGGAUAUAAAAGCAGCAGAUACAACUUACGUGGAUAAGAUUGCUGAACAGGUCAAAAUUUGUGAAGAGGAACGUGAUAGAGCUAAAUCAGCAUGGACCAAAUGUUCCGAAUUGAGAAGACAGUCUCAAGUGACCAAAGAAGAAUUGACAUCUAUGACGGCACAAUGUCUGGUUCUCUCGAUUGAGAAGGAGGAAUUCGGACGAGUAAAAAGGCAGUUGGAAUCCACAAUUGAGGAGAAAAUGAAGCAAUCGGCCAUUCUUCAAAUCAAGGAAGCCGAAAUUGUCGAGUUACAGAAGAAUAUGCAGGAGGGGGACAUUGAGGUAAAACGACUGAAAGAAGCGAUUAAGAAAAUCCAGAUGAAGAACGCGAAGCUUAAGCCUUCAUCACUUAUGGUCAAACGGACCUGUCGGCCAAUCCAUCCUCAUCCCUUAUCACUGGUUCAGGCCCUUCCACGACCUUUGGUCGCUAAUACCAAGUCAAUUGAUUCAGCGGAGAUUCAGCCAACUUGUGCAAUCGAAAGAUCUGACAAAAACAAGACCGUGAGCGAGGAUAUUCCGCUACGAGUCAGCUUUGUGACUAAAUCUCGAUACGAUAAUCUGGAAAGGGAGCUUGAAGAAUGUAAGCAGACUAUCAAAAACCUGCAGGCAAGGUUACAGAAUUCAAAUGACCAUCCGGCUUCUGUCCAACAAAAGCUGCUUUCUUCGGAACCUCAACAGAUAGCCCAAACUUAUGGGCAGAGAUUCACUCAAGCUAUGGCUGAAUUACGGGGGUUCAAGAGGAAAUACGAAGAGUGUUGGGCUUGGACAAGCGAGAAGAGGUGUACAUCAAAGGCGGAUAGCUGUGGUCACUCUCAAAGCGGAGAUGCAUCGGGCGAGAUGAACACGGAUGCGGAGGAAAGGACGGGUCAGUAG